CACACACACGGCGGCGGAGGGAGGAGAUAAUGACAGAGUGAAGGAGCCGGAGCUCCGGCGCUCAGUCAGUCUGGAUCGGUCCGUCUCCCGUCUGUCCCUCCAGCAUGGACCGGCCUGGUUCUGGACUGCUGGUCCUCGUCUUCCUGCUGCACAUCAGCUGCUGCCUCUCAGGUUCUCUCCAUCAGGUUCUGUCAGAGUUCAGCAUAAUUCGUCCAAUCAGAACCGACUCAGAGGGACGGCUCCUUUCAGCAUCAGUCUCUGCCCACCAUCCGUACCGAAGCAAGAGACACGCCCCCUCAAAUAAGGACACGCCCAACAACUCCCAGGCACAACAGGCCCCGCCCACUUGGAGAUCAUCGUUCAGCCAUUCAUGGAGGGGGAGGAGUCCCAAGGAAGAGGCGGAGCUCUUCUACAACGUGACGGUGUUUGGUCGGCACCUCCACCUGCGGCUGCGUCCAAACUCCCGCCUCAUCGCUCCCACUGCCACCUUGGAGUGGGAGGAGUCAGGAUACCUGCACUCUGAGCCAAUCAGAGAGGACGACUGCUUCUACACAGGAACAGUGUCAGACCUGGAUGACACGUCUGUGGCCAUCAGCAACUGCGACGGACUGGCAGGAAUGAUCCGGACCGGAGGAGACGAGUUCUUUAUCGAACCGCUGAAAGACGACGAAGAGGAGGGCGAAGGCGAGCGAAGGCACGUGGUUUAUCGCUCUUCGGCCAUCAUCAGGAAACCAUCAGCUGCUAAUCAGACCUCAGAGGACUUCCUGCGAGGGCCGCUGCUAGGACUGCUGAACCCAACCCUGGGUCCAAACGGGUCAGGUCGCCGGCGCCGCGACACCAUGGCUGAAAUGUUUCACAUUGAGGUGCUGCUGGCCGUGGAUUACUCCCUGCUUCUCUUCCAUGGCCGCGAAAACAUCCUGAAGUAUCUCCUCACCCUGAUGAACAUUGUCAAUGAGAUCUACCAGGAUUCCUCUCUGGGGGCCAACAUCAACGUGGUGGUAGCAAGGAUCAUCAUGCUGAGCGGCACCAAGUCCCAGGAGCUGAUUGCAGUGGGGAAUCCUCAGAAGAGCCUGGAGAACGUCUGCGGAUGGUCGUAUCUGCAGCAGGUGGAGCAGAGCCAGGAGGCGCAGCAUGACCACACCAUCUACCUGACCCGCCAGGAGUUCGGUCCCACUGGCAUGCAGGGUUAUGCUCCGGUCACCGGGAUGUGCCAGCUGCACCGGAGCUGUGUCCUGGUUCUAGAAGACGGAUUCUCCUCGGCUUUUGUUGCUGCGCAUGAGACAGGCCACGUGCUGGGCAUGGAGCACGAUGGGGAGAUGAACGACUGCAUGGACGACGUCCCUCUGGGCAGCAUCAUGUCUCCCCGGGUCCAGGCCACCUUCUACCGCUAUCACUGGUCCAGCUGCAGCUGGAGGGAGCUGCACCGCUACCUGAACGCCUAUGACUGUCUCCGUGACGACCCCUUCAGCCAUGAGUGGCCUGCCCAGCCGCAGCUACCGGGCUUCCAGUACACCAUGGACCAGCAGUGCCGCUUUGACUUUGGCCCGGGAUUCAGCAUGUGUACCGCCUACAUGACCCCUGAUCCCUGCAAGCAGCUGUGGUGCAGCGACUACAACAACCCAUUUUUCUGUAAGACCAAGAAAGGCCCCCCACUGGAUGGGACCAAGUGCGGACCAGGCAAGCACUGCUUCAAAGGCUUCUGCAUCAAGCUCACCCCAAACCUCCUGAAGCAACACGGAAACUGGGGGCGCUGGAGUCCGUUCGGCAGCUGCUCCCGGACCUGUGGGGGUGGGGUCCGGUUCCGGACCAGACAGUGUGAUAACCCCCCUCCAGCCAAUGGAGGGCGCACCUGCUACGGGAACAGCUAUGAGUUCCAGCUGUGCAGCCAGGAGGACUGCCCCCCCCUCACCGACUUCAGGGAGGAUCAGUGUAAAGCCUGGAAUCCAUUCCUGGAGCAUGAAGGAAUGAAGCAUCAUUGGCGCCCAUAUGAGCAUCCUGACCGUAAAUACACACACUCAGACAUACAAGUUAGCAUGAUGCUAGUAGCAGACACUGUCAUGCCAACAUGAUGCUACAAACAGACACACUGCUAUGCUAGCAUGAUACUAGUAGCAGACACUGCCAUGCCAACAUGAUGCCAGUAAAAGACAUAUUGCUAUGAGGCGUGCUGUGGUGGCAUAGGGGAUAGCGCGACCCACGUUUGGAGGCCUUGAGUCCUCGGCGCGGC